GUCAACAUCAGGGGAUGAGCAGCAACAGACCAGCCGCAUUUAAGCUGCCAGACGAGCCCACGGACGUCCGUGUCGAUCGCCCGUGCGAGCGAGCGAAGCGGGUGACAGGAACCGGCCGGUCUGCAUUCGGGAGGCGACGGCAGCACACAUCAGCCCCGGGUCUGACACGCAGAUGGAGUAACAGACCCCACUCAUGGAAAGCCGGAGGAAGAGCUCUGGGGAUGACGGCGGUGGAGAGCGAGGCCUGCUCCACACCUGGAAGGGCUACUCCUGCAGUGUCACCCCAGAGAGGCUGCUCCUACCCCAGCCGGUCCUUCAGAUUGCCCUGGGAACGCGACACGGAGUUCUGCUGGUGGAAGGAGGACAGGUGUACAGUUUUGGGGAGUUGCCCUGGAAGCAGAGUCAAGUCCCUGAGCCUGCGAAACCCACCCUGGAGAGUGCUCUCAGUGGGCAGCGUGUGCUCGCCGUUGCAGCUGGAAGUUUCCACAGCGGGGCAGUGACAGAGGAUGGUGGCGUCCACAUGUGGGGGGACAAUGGUGCGGGACAAUGUGGCCUGUCGGGCCUCAGCAGCGUCCCCAACCCGACUCCAGUGGCUCUGUUGGACUCUGACACCAGCCCCCCGCAGACGGUGCCGGUGCUGGAGCUGGCCUGCGGGGAGCAGCACACCCUGGCGCUGUCUGUCCAGCGGGAGGUGUGGGCGUGGGGCAGCGGUUGCCAGCUGGGCCUCAACGCCACCAGCUUUCCUGUGUGGAAACCACAAAAGGUUGAACACUUAGCAGGAAGGUAUGUACUUCAGGUGGCCUGCGGGGCUUCACACAGCCUGGCUCUGGUGCGCUGCCUGGGCCCCCAGGAUGUCCACCGGCCCCCUGUGGACAAAUGCAGACAACAGUGUAACCAGCUGCUGUACACCAUGACGGACAAAGAGGACCACGUCAUCAUCUCUGACAGUCACUACUGCCCCCUCGGUGUGGAGCUGACCGAGGAUGAGGGGAUGCUGGAGGCUCCUGCCCCCGCCCAAGGACUCAAAACAUCCCCAUCUGAGCCAGUUCUCCCCUCCCAAACUUCCACCUCAAACUCUGAUCCUCCAGCGCCUCCGAAAAGUGCUGACCCCUCCUCUGACCCCACCCCCAUCCCGGACUCUGAGAGAGGCCAGUCGGCCUUGGCUAACGGAGUGCCGCCGGUCUCGGACUCUGACCCCACAGCUCAGUCCAAAAGCGGUAGUGUUGCUGUGUCGGUGGUCAAGACUUCGCUCUAUCCAGACGCGCAGGCUGUCAAAGACUACCUGAAGAAACUGUCAGACAACGCUGAAGCAAAGACGACCGCUGGAGGACUGCACUCGCUGCUGCCUGCGGCUGGAGGGCUCGCCUCCACCCCGAGCUCCGCGCUCAACAACCUGGUGGCCACCUGCGCCUCUGCAGUGGGCGAGCGGGUUGCCUCCACCUACGAGGCCUUGUCCCUCAAAAAGAUGAUGAACUUCUACCUGCCCUCAGGCGUGUCGAGGUCAGGCGGGCCGGGGGGGCUUACCGGCACCGUCCCUGGAGUGGGCGAUAACACCACAGAGCGUGUCCGCCAGGAGGAAUCCAUGCAGGGCAAGAAGAGCUCCAGCACGGGGGACAUCCGUGAGGAGGAGGCCGAGGGUGUGCGGCGCCGCCUGUCACUCCCAGGACUCCUCUCACAGGUGUCCCCGCGGCUGCUGAGGAAAGCCGUGCGUCCCAGGAUGCGUGCCGUCGCCCUCACCCCGCUGGGAGGGGCGGUCCCCGAGGCGCAGGAGGUGCUGCCCACCUUGCAGACGGAGGUGUGGAGCUGGGGACAAGGCGAGCAAGGCCAGCUAGGACACGGAGACAACCUGGCCAGGUUGCAGCCACUGUGCAUCAAGAGUCUGAACAAUAAGGAGGUGGUGCGGGUGGCGGCCGGCGCUCAUCACUCCCUCGCGCUGACCGCUCAGUCUCAGGUGUUUUCAUGGGGCAGUAACAGCUCCGGUCAGCUCGGGCACAUGGAGACACCCAGCACAGUCCCCCGCCUUGCAAAGAUGUCAGAGGGCAUCCGGGUGUGGGACAUGAGUGCCGGAGAGAGACACACCCUCCUGCUCGCGGACGGAGACUGCAUCCAGCCCAUCAUUUAUUACAGCGGACAGCAGGUGAAAGAGGGGGAGGAGGAGAGUCAGGCCAAGGAGCUGGGUCAGCAGCAAGAAGGAGCGGAGGAGGAGGAGGAGGAGCGGGCAGGGGGCUACACCCCGCAGCCUGUACUACUACCCUUCUGCAUGAACCUGGGUUAUGUCAGCGGCGUGUUUGCGGGUGGCUGGCGAUGCGUGGCACUCUCGGACAGGAACGUGAUGGGCUUCAUCGCCGGCCUCCACGAGCUGGCCGCAGCCGAGAGGAAGUUCUACUGCAAGCUGUGCAACAUCAAGACACAGAUAAUACGCCCCCUGCUGGAGCUGGAGUCUCUGAGCUCGGCCCUAGGCCAGGUGACCCUCGGGCUCCUGCAGACGCUUGCAGGGCGUUUCAGCCUCCUGUGUCACCUGACCGGGCAGCACGCCGCCAGCCUCACCGCCAACCUGCGCCGUGGGCGUGAUGUCAAAAGUCUGCUCAUCCUGGACCACACCGGCAUCUUCCUCGACUCCUAUAAUGAAUACUGCAACUAUCUGGGCAACUUCCAGGUGAUGGGAGGUUUCCAGGCCCUGACCAAGCCCUCGCUAGAUUUGUUUGGGAAGAGUCCUGAGCUGCUCCAGAGGCUGUCAGAGUGCAGCGAGGAGAACCCCGCCAUGGCCGACCUCCUGGUGGCGCUCCUGUACCUCCCAACUCGCCACCUUCACGAAUACGGCCGGCUGCUGCUCAAACUGGCCACCUGCUUUGAAGUGUGCUCCACUGACUACCAGAAGCUGCAGGACAGCUGCUCCAAGUUCGAGGCUUCGGGCCUCCAGCUGAAGAGGAAAAGAAAGGAGGCCGAGUACACAUUUCACUUCUGGAAGAGCUUCCCUGGCAAAAUGACGGACUCCCUGAGGAAGCCUCACCGCCGGCUGAUCUGCGAGAGCAGCAACAAGGCUCUGACCCUGCAGAACGCCGGGAGGUUCUCCGUCAACUGGUUCAUCCUUUUCAACGACGCACUGGUCCACGCACAGUUCUCCACCCAUCACGUCUUCCCUUUGGCCACGCUGUGGGUGGAGCCCAUCCCAGAGGAGAACGCUGGCGUAAACAGUUUAAAGGUGAUCACACCAGAGGAGACGUUCACCCUGCUGGCCUCCUCUGCCAUGGAGAAGGCCAAGUGGCUUCGCUCCAUCAACCAGGCGGUGGACCAGGCCUUGAGUGGGGCCGGGCAGGACACGACAUCAGUCAGCUCGGGUUCAGGGCAAAAGUUGGAGCCUCCUAUCUCCAGGACGGCCUCCUACACUUUUUACAAGGACGGACGUCUGAAAGAGGCCACAUACGAAGGCCGCUGGCUCGCUGGCAAACCCAACGGCAGGGGAGUGUUAAAGUGGCCCGAUGGGCGAAUAUACACGGGGGAGUUCAAAAACGGACUGGAAGAUGGCUUUGGAGAAUUUGUCGCUCCCAAUAAAACGCUGAACAAGAACGAUCACUAUCAAGGUCACUGGAAAGAUGGCAAGAUGCACGGCCUGGGGACAUACAGGUAUGCAAGCGGGGAAGUUUACGAUGGAUCCUUCCAGGACGGCAUGCGACACGGCCACGGCAUGCUGCGCAGCGGCAAGCUCAACACCUCCUCCCCCAGUGUCUUCAUUGGCCAGUGGCUGCACGACAAGAAGACCAGCUAUGGAGUCUUUGACGAUAUCACAAAAGGAGAGAAGUACAUGGGCAUGUGGCAGGACCACCUGCGGCAGGGCAUAGGGGUCGUCGUCACCCAGUUUGGCCUUUACUACGAAGGAGCCUUCAAAGAUAAUAAGAUGAUGGGCACUGGGAUCCUCCUGUCAGAGGACGACACGACGUAUGAGGGGGAAUUCUCUGACGACUGGACCCUCAGCGGGAAGGGUGUGCUGACCAUGGCGAACGGUGACUACCUGGAGGGCUCCUUUGGUGGCGAAUGGGGCUCUGGCCUCAAGGUGACGGGGUCCUACUUCAAACCACACCUGUUCGACACCGACAAGGACAAGACCCAUGUUGUGAAGCUUGGGCGUCUGUGUGUGUGCGCGGAGGAUAAGUGGCAGGCGGUGUUUGAGGAGUGCUGGAGUCAGCUGGGCUGCGAGGCGCCGGGCCAAGGAGAAAACUGGAAGGCCUGGGAGAACAUCGCCGUGGCCCUCACCACCAGCCGGCGGCAGAUCCAGGACAGUCCGGAGAUGUUGUCUCUGAGUCACAGCAGAACCCUGGAGAGUCUGGAGGUCAUCCCGCAGCACGUAGGACCCGUCACGAUGGAGAGAUAUCACGCCAUCCGCCUUUACCUCAUCAAGGCGUGCGACACCCCCCUCCACCCACUGGGCCGGCUGGUGGAGACCCUGGUGGCGGUCUACAGGAUGACCUACGUGGGCGUUGGAGCCAACCGACGACUCCUGCCUCAGGCUGUCAAUGAGAUCAAGUCUUACCUCAACCGCAUCUUCCAGAUUGUCAGGUUUCUGUUCCCAGACCUGCCGGAAGAGGGCGGUCUAAUUCCAGAGCCGACCACCGACCUCCGGGACAAGAAGGAGCCGGGCUCGACUGAUGCCCAGCUGGAGUCACCCAAACCUAGCCGGGUUGUGAGCAGCUCGGCUCUGCUGCUUCCCGUCUUGCUGCCUCGUCUCUACCCGCCGCUCUUCACCCUCUACGCCCUGGACAAGGAGAGAGAAGACGACCUCUAUUGGGAAUGUGUCCUCCGCCUCAACAAGCAGCCCGACCUUGCCCUCCUUGCCUUCCUGGGCGUGCAGCAGAAGUUCUGGCCUGUUUCCAUUCCCGUCUCCAUGGUUGCACUGGGGGAGAAGCAGCAGGUCCUCUCCAGCACCAAGGAUGCCUGCUUUGCCUCCGCAGUGGAAACGCUGCAGCAGAUCAGCACAACGUUCACCCCGUCCGACAAGCUGCAGGUGAUCCAGCUCACCUUUGAGGAGAUCACACAGGAGGUCCAGUCACUGCUGAAGCAGGACUUCUUGUGGUCCAUGGACGACCUCUUCCCUGUCUUCCUCUACGUUGUGCUGCGAGCUCGUAUCAGGAACCUGGGGUCAGAGGUCAGCCUGAUCGAAGACCUGAUGGACCCCUGCGUCCAGCACGGAGAGCAUGGAAUCAUGUUCACCACGCUCAAGGCCUGCUACUACCAGAUCCAGCAUGAGAAGAUCACUUAGUGCGGCGCUACUUCCUCAGUGAUCCGCAUGCUGCUGCCCCUCCUCCACCCCCACAGCCAAUCGCGGGGCCAGGACCGGCCAGGCUUCGGGAUGACGGAUGUGUGCAGCGGCCAGUGGGAAGCGGAGGAUCGCACGAGCAGGUUGCCGACAGCUCCAUCUGCUGCUGCCACGGAGACGGGAUCACCUCCCCCUCCCUGACAAACACACACACACACACACAUACAAACACUCUGUGGAGCUUUUUGCCCUUCAGUGACCUUUACAAGCCUUUUAUCUAUGGAUCAUGAAGGUACACAUGUGAAUAUUGUUGGUAUUUUACUGCCAGAGAUAAGCCACUUCCACACGUCCAGUGUGAAACAGAUGAAAUAGGUCAACAGCAGAAAGACUGACUGACUGACUGACCUCCUGUGGGAAAUCCCGAUUGGGAGAAAAAAGAAUUAAUAUCGUAUUGGGUUUUUUUUUCAUUGGUUACCUGGGAAGGAAGAAGAAGUUUAUACCAGUUUGUUUUUUAAGUUGGUGUCAAUGGGACCGGUUUGAUCUCAUGUCCCUCUGCUAUCAGUCUGCGUACUGUGAGAUACCGCACCUCAUUAUCUUCUUUCAGAAGAACCAAUUUUUCAGCGUGAAAACUAACUUUCAUCGCUGAAACGUGAAGUUUCUUUGUCUCCAUUCUUGUCACUCACCUGACACCUACAUGAAGAAACGGACGUAGCAAAGAAGGACACACUAUCCUAAAAGCAUGUGGCUUGAUGAACUUGUCAAAACUGUUUAUUUAGCGUCUUUAUCAUCUGAGACAGCAGUAUGUUUACAGCUAGCUCAGUUCAGUGUCUUAUCCACCGCGUGGGAUCUUGUAGUCCUGAAUGGUUACCAUAGAAAAGCUCAGGGAAGCGGCUCCCUAGCGUUGGUGAGGAAGAUAAUUCGCUAAAAAAACAAAACAGUUUUCGUAGUUUUCAGUUUGUUUGUUUUUUUUCUUAAAUUAAAAAGCAACACAUAGCUGCUUCCUUGGGUUUGUCUAUGAAAAGUAUCUGGAACUCCCUCCCAUAGAAAGUGGAUUCGACAGUCCCUAACAGGGCUGAUUUACAGCAAGGUUUGAUACUGUAUUCAUACAAAUCAAAUCAUGUACAGCACGCAUAGGGUUACAUGUAAACUGACCUGACUAUAACUCUAAAUGACAGUAAUAUUCUCCUGUUGCACCAGCUUGCAGUUGAAUACAGCCGCUCCAACUUUCCAUUUCAUGCAGUCGUGUUGCUGGGAGAAGAGUAAAAUCCAGCGCUGACAGUUUUCUGUUGGACCGAUCAUCACCAUGGCUUGUUGCUGCAGAUCCAGCUAUAGAAAUGUCAAAUGUCAGGGCUGUCGGACACAAGCGUCAGCUGGAUUAUUGACUUAAAAGCACAAACCUUUUCCAGAAAAACCCCCCGGACUUGUACGGUAGGAAGGACCUGUAGCUUCAAUGACUUUAAAAGAAAGUACACAUCAGACGUAACUCAUUGUUCCCUAAUGCAAAACCAGGCUCAGAAAAUUUUAGAGCUGAAUCACAGUGAAUAGAAAUGUUUUUGUUUUUUUUUCCUAGACAAUCUGAAUGCCGCUUGUGUGUGUUUCUGAGCCCAGUUUUAAGUAUUAAUAAGUUUUGACAGGGUGCCUACACUGGCCUGCAAAAUCCAAAAAAGUAUGGGGUUCAAAUUCAGGUCUUGAUCGGUUUGGAAAGCGACAAAAAAAAAAAAAUCAAAAAAUGUAUCGAAACGAGUUGCUCUUCGGUCUCAUACAUGUCGUUACUGUUGUGUAAAAAUCACGUAUCUCCAAAGUUGGUCAUUUUGAAUUUUUCUGAUGAAUCCUAAAUGAACCGUUUAAAAACGCGGAAGCUUUUCUGAAAAACGUAUUUCCAGAAAGCUGAAAAACCGGUUUGGAGCCCCUGAAAGGUUUUGGAGACGCAUGGUGUUUUUUGUUUUUUGUUUUUUUGUUUUGUUUUUUUUUUACAGGACAGCGACGACAUAUUUAUUUCCUGAUGUCCUUAUGUUGUAGUGUUAUGAACGGCAAUCAUGAGUGAAAAUCUCUUUCUUUGACAGUGGUGAAGAAGACAGGAGGUUUGAACUAGCUAUAAAGCUCACCUCAUUCCCACUAACCUUCAAUACUAAUUGGGUUUCGGGGGGAUCGAUAAGCUUCGGGAGAAGAUCAACAAGCUAAAAAAUUGCCUUAAGAGUUUGGAAUACGUGCACUGUUGCGGACAACACAGCACUCUGAUGUAGUAUAAUGUUUAAUUUUGCAGCAGGUGAAGUUUCAGCAGAGAGUCAGGCAGUCGGCUUAAUGCAAACACUUAUUAUAGAUGUGAUGUUCAGAGCAGAUCUGUUAAUACUCACUGUUCUUUAUUUUUUUUUUUAAACCACUACAGCACUAACUGUUAGACAUUGUCGCUUGUUUUUGAUUUGCGUCACACAUGCCAGUUUAUAAAAGGGCUUAAGAGAGGAUUCAGAGGAUAUUUUUUCUUUUUUAAUGUCACGGCUUUGGUUUUUCUCAGACGGUUUAACAAUAGAAAAGCCACCGGAUCAGAGGCCCGUUUUUUUUUUUUUUUUUUUUGGGGGGGCCUUUUUUUAAAAGGCCAUAUGCAGCAGCAAAGCUUUUACAAAUGAAUGGAAACAAAAAUAGCUGAAACAGUGCUUUGAACUGUUAAAAAAGUUGUGAAUUUGAAAUGCUAAUAUCCCCAGUUUUGCAGUUAACAUCUCAGAGUAUAACCUUUUCAAAAUCAGGCCUCGUAACGCGCUUCUAUCACAGAUUAUGAGCUCCUGUUUCUGCUGAAACCGUAUGUGCCUGACGCUCGAAAAAGUGAAGCAAUAUUGGCUUUGUAAUGGAGAAGAUCAUUCCCAAAAAACUACGGACGCAUUGCAGAAAAACAAAAAACCCAUUCCUCAGGUUUGACGUUAUUUAGUCAACCAGAGACAUUAAGUUAUUUUGUUUAUUUUGCAUCUGUCCUCUUCAGUAUGUUGUGUA